AUGAGCAGAGAAUAUUGGUCAAGGUAUGAUCAAUGCAAAGACCGUCGAGCAAAAGCUCGAAAACGAACACGACAAGAAUUGACAUCUGAUGGGUUCCGCAGAACAGAAAAGCAGGCUGACAGCCUCUUCUUGACAAAACUCCCUUCCGAAAUCCGCAAUCAAAUCUACGAGCUGUGCUUUGAGCACCAGAAGAUGCUAGUCGUGCCAGUUAAACGGCAAUCGCAUACGAAAUUGGCGUCGUUUCCAGCUCAAGACAAACACAACCAUCAUCCAGAUGACCUGGUGGCUUGUGACCAUCUCUUGGGACUGCCAUUGACUUGCAAACAGAUCUACGCAGAGACGAUCGACAUGUUAUACUCCCGAACUACAUUCUGCUUCAUGCAACCCGAGCAAAUCGUACCUUUCCACAAACAACUCCUCCCGCAACGCUGGAAUGCCAUUACAUCAAUCGAGUUCGACAGCGACUUAUAUCACCGCCUACGCAAAUUGGACAUGGACCUUCCAGCCCAUUCAUUCGUUCACCGAUCCGAAGCAUGGCUUGAAUUCUGGUCACUUGUCAACACAAUGGAAAGUCUCGAGCGAGUAGUCAUCACGAGGACUAAACUCGGUUUCCGCUUCGAGAACUUAGCCGCGAUGGAGCAGGUCAAGAAGCGACUGGAGGUGUUCGAUGUCUAUCUGGCUGAGACACAAAUAAUGUGCGAUCCAGUCGAUGUCGAUUUGAAGACUGCUCAGUUCAAAUUGUUCCUGCCUAGUGGGCAACAAUACCUGGCAGAUCCGCCUCUAUCUGGUCCCACGGGCAAUUACGGCGGGGUCAUGGAGCGAAUGCAUCAAGCUUGGUGGCAGAUGUGA